AUGGCAAAACUCACUGAUGAUGGCGACUACGAUGCCGGCGAAAAGUUUGAAAAUGUUCCAAUUCCACUGUCUGAUGCUGCGAAUUAUGACAACUACUGUGGCAGACGACUUCGGACUAGGUGCGUUCUACUAAGCCAUCCUGACAUCAAGGCCAGGUUGCGACAAGGAGGUCAACCCACUUCUAUAAAUUAUAAGGAGACUGCGACCAUACCAGAGGCCACAACAUCUUAG